AGAAAUUCGAUAUCUCUUGUCACGUGAUCAAAGGCGGUCUUAAAUCUGAAAAUCUGUGCAAAUAAUAGAAUAGAGUAUCUUAACUUUAAGAAGUUGACAAAGAAGUCAAGAGAUCGGUAAUCCUGGGGCCGUUAGCCGACCGCAACUGACUCACUGAUGGUUGAUGAAAGAUGAAGGGAUAUUUCACCGUUGCAGUUGCAGGGAGAGAGAGAGAGAGAGUUUCAGUGUGGGAGUGAGACCCGCACCCCCAGUAUUUAUCACUCCCUUUCUUUGAAACCUGAGACCUGACUCUGUUUUCGAACAUUUUCCAAUGAGUAAAAUUAGAAACAAAAAAAAGCUGCAUCAUGAUUCUAAAGGUCGGUGGUGGAGUCUUUGCCAGGGAAAACAAAACUUUGCCAGCUUUUGCCCCCCAUUGUUGUGCUUGGUGAGCAAUACUGUCAUCCAGACAGCAGAGAAGAGCAAUUAACAGGAGAAAUCAAGAGGGAGAAUUCAAGAACUGUAGCGAAAAAGGCUUGUUCUUGAGCUCUAUAUUCUUUCCUUGAAGAAGCUAAAUCUUUAAUAGUAAAAGUUUCAGAUUAGCACAUUGCCAAAGGAAGAAAUAUGUUCAGUUCUUGCUGUGUUCCAUCGUCAAAGUGGCCACCAUCCCACCGGGACAGACUUCUGUCAUCUUCAUUCUUUGGUAAUGCUGUGGGAGUUGGGCAAUCCAACAGUGCGCUCUCUGGUAUUCGGAUGGGAAAAAUCAACAUUCCUAGGAGGACAUGUGCUGCAACCAAAAGAUUUUCCACCUCAGCUGUUCUUGCUGAUGUUGCCAAAGAUUUCAUGGCUUUCCAGGCAAAUAUUUUACCAAAACAGGAGGCAGACCCCAAGACUGUUGCCUCUAUCAUUUUAGGUGGUGGAGCUGGAACUCGGCUCUUUCCCCUUACUCGAAGAAGGGCCAAGCCAGCUGUACCAAUAGGGGGAUGUUAUAGACUGAUUGAUGUUCCCAUGAGUAACUGCAUCAACAGUGGAAUUAACAAGAUUUACAUCCUCACCCAGUUCAAUUCUCAAUCUCUCAACCGCCACAUUGCUCGGACAUAUAAUUUGGGCAAUGGUGUGAACUUUGGUGAUGAGUUUGUUGAGGUGCUAGCAGCUACACAAACAUCUGGUGAAUCUGGAAAGAAGUGGUUUCAGGGUACCGCAGAUGCUGUAAGACAAUUCAUCUGGUUGUUUGAGGACGCUAAACAUAGAAAUAUCGAGAACAUUCUGAUAUUAUCUGGUGAUCAUCUAUAUCGAAUGGAUUACAUGGACUUCUUGCAGAAGCACAUUGAUUCUGGUGCUCAUAUAUCUGUUUCUUGUCUCCCAGUGGAUGAAAGUCGUGCCUCAGAUUUUGGACUUCUGAAGAUUGAUGAAAAUGGACAGAUCAGACAGUUUCUUGAGAAACCUACGGGAGAAAGUUUGAGAUCGAUGCAAGUCGAUACAACUGUUCUGGGAUUAACAGCUCAAGAUGCAAGGAUAUCACCAUACAUUGCAUCAAUGGGCAUAUAUUUAUUCAAGACAGAAGUUCUACUGAAACUACUCAGGUGGCAUUAUCCAGCAGCCAAUGAUUUUGGAUCUGAAAUCAUUCCACUGGCUAUGAAAGAUUACAAUGUUAAGGCAUAUUUAUUUGAUGGCUACUGGGAAGAUAUCGGAACUAUAAAAUCCUUUUUUGAUGCAAAUUUGGCCCUUACAGAUCAGCCUCCCAAGUUUCACUUCUAUGAUCCCCUAAAGCCAAUCGUCACUUCUCCUCGGUUUCUACCACCAACAAAAAUAGAGCAGUGCCGGGUCGUGGACUCUAUAAUUUCACAUGGUUGCUUGUUGAAAGAAUGCAGUGUCGAACAUUCCAUUGUGGGAAUUCGUUCAAGAUUGGAAUACGGGGUGGAGCUAAAGGAUACAUUGAUGAUGGGUGCUGACAAUUACCAAACCGAGGAAGAGAUAGCAUCCUGUUUAGCAGAGAGCAAGGUUCCACUAGGCGUUGGAAAAGAUACCAAAAUUAUGAAUUGCAUAAUAGACAAGAAUGCAAGAAUUGGAAAACAUGUUGUCAUCACAAACAAGGAUAAUGUGAAAGAGGCAGAUAGACCAUCUGAAGGAUUUUACAUUCGAUCUGGAAUUACUGUAGUGUUAAAGAAUUCUGUAAUUAAAGAUGGAACUAUCAUUUAGUGCAUUCUUCUGAGGGUCAAUUACAUCCAUUUUGAUUCACCAAAAUUUGUUUUGACAUUAUUAUUUGCGGGAAAAUUUCAAUAAGGUGGUGAAUUUGAUUUACAAGGAGAUA